UGUUGACGAUGAGUUAAAUGAGCAGCGACCUGUCUGAAGUCCCACAGUGAGGAGGACGGAGAGCAGACAAGAUGGACAAACUUCUUCUGCUCAUCAUGGCUGCAUCAGGGCUGAGUGCUGUCUCAUCAGCUGCUAGACUUCAGUACUAUUUUGUUUAUGACAGGAAGAACUUUACUGAAGCCCAAAAAUACUGCAGAGAGAAACACACAGACCUGGUCACUGUAGACAACAGGGAGGUUAUGAAGAUCCUGACCAACACGGCAGAUUUAGACAACAUGGUCUACUCCAACAACAGCUACGUGAGUUCACUUUUCUCUCUUUCAUCUCAAAGUCUUUCUGACAGCAGCUGGAGGUGGUCACUGUCAGACCCAAGUUUCUACAAACCCGGGGAGACGGAGUUCAGACAAUGGAUGGCUGGAGCACCAAACACUGGAGACAUUGGAAAAGUCUGCACACACAUGCAUCUUGAUGGACUCUGGCACGACUACAGUUGUGAUGGCAGGUGGUAUACAGUCUGUGCAGAUGUCAGAGGGUCAAAUGUGACUUUUGUCUUCAUCAACACCUCUAAGACAUGGACUGAAGCCCAUAAUUACUGCAGAGCUAACCACACAGACCUGGCCAGUGUGAGGAACAUGGCAGAGAAUGAGAAGAUAAAGGCGAUGAUAGCUGCUGGAGGAGACUAUGCCUGGAUCGGCCUUUUCAGAGACUCCUGGAAGUGGUCAGAUGGAAGUACCUCCUCAUUCAGCUUCUGGAAGACCGGGCAACCUGAUAACAAGAACGGGAACGAGACUUGUGUGGCUGCAGACUUCAGCCAAUCAGGAGCCUGGGAGGACUGGCCCUGUGACAUGGAGAGAGCGUUCAUUUGCUACGGUCCAGCGGUUCCUGUUUCAAAGAAAGUGCUGAAAGUGAAGUUUGAGAACAAGAAGAAUCUGGAUCUGAAUGACCCUGCUGUGAUGGAGGCCAUGUUGAAGCAGCUGAAACAGAAGCUGAGGGCCCAGGGGCUGGACGACAACAUCAAGCUGAGCUGGAGGAAGCAGGCCGAUGGAAAAGUCUUCCACAAGGAAGACAAGAAGACCAACAAGAGGAGGAGGAAGAGGGAGGAGCUGUAAUGUUGAGUUGCUUCCAUCAGAGAAAAGUCUGGUUCUUUCCUCAAAGAUGUGACGGAGCAGAAUAGAGCUGCA